AAUAAAUAAUUAUUAAGCAUCAUUGAAACGGUAGAAGUGUGUGUUUAAUGAUUUUAAAAUGAUAAAUCGAAUAUUAUAUCUGCUAUUGUCUUUCCGUGUUUGCCCGAAGUUGCAAGAUAACGCCCGAAUGAAUGGUAAACAAAUCAAUUGUAAAAAGUGUUGCCUUAUUAGGUGUUACACAUUCGUACAACUUGACAAUUCUCAGGAGAAUAUAAAGGAAAACUAUUUUUUUUUCGGGUAUCUGUUGAAAUGGCAACCGGCGAUGAAAGACGUGUAGCAUUAAUUACGGGAAUUACCGGACAAGAUGGUUCUUAUUUAGCAGAAUUUUUACUAGAAAAAGGAUACGAUGUACAUGGCAUCAUUAGACGAGCCAGUUCUUUUAAUACAGCUCGUAUUCAACAUCUUUAUUCAGAUCCAAAAUGUCAUCGCCAGGGUAAAAUGAAGUUACAUUACGGUGAUAUGACAGAUUCUAGUAGUUUAGUUAAAGUGAUUAGUUCUGUACAGCCAACAGAAAUUUAUAAUUUAGCUGCACAAAGUCAUGUUAUGGUAAGUUUUGAAGUAAGCGAAUAUACUGCUGAAGUAGACGCAGUAGGAACAGUUCGAUUGUUGGAUGCAAUACGUACCUGUGGUUUAGAAAAAUCUGUGAAAUUUUAUCAUGCUUCAACAUCCGAGCUUUAUGGCAGAGUGGUAGAGGUACCACAGAAUGAGAAAACACCAUUUUAUCCACGUUCCCCUUAUGCUUGUGCAAAAUUGUACAGUUUCUGGAUCAUAGUUAACUAUAGAGAAGCAUACAAUAUGUUUGCAUGUAAUGGAAUAUUAUUUAAUCAUGAAAGUCCUCGAAGAGGAGAGAAUUUUGUUACAAGAAAAGUAACUAGAUCGAUAGCAAAAAUACAGUUAGGACUGCAAGAUGUGCUUGAAUUGGGAAAUUUAGAUGCCAAAAGAGACUGGGGUCAUGCAAAAGAUUAUGUUCAGGCAAUGUGGCUGAUGUUGCAACAGCCAGCUCCAGAUGAUUAUGUGAUAGCAACAGGAGAAACACAUAGCGUUAGAGAAUUUGUGGAAGCAGCUUUUCAAUAUGUAGGUCGCACAAUUAAGUGGGAAGGUGAAGGUGUAAAUGAGACAGGACAGGAUGCACAAACGGGAGAAGUAUUAGUUAAAAUAAAUCCCAAGUAUUUCCGUCCAACAGAAGUAGAUGUUCUACUCGGCGAUGCUACUAAAGCAAAAGAAAAAAUAGGUUGGAAACCUACAGUUACAUUUGAGGGCCUUGUAAAAGAUAUGAUGGAAUCUGACUUAGACUUAAUGAGAAGAAAUCCAAUCGCUUAAUGUUAUUCAUUAUCUUCAAAGAAACUCGAUGCAUUUCUUAGAAUACAUUCUAUUUCUUUACGAGAUAACAGUAUACCAAAUUAAAAUUUAUUUACUUUAUUAAAUCAAAUCCACAUGUCAUUUCGUAAAACUAUGUUUUCUUGAGAUCGAGGACGGACAAAUCCUUUAAGUGAACUAUUAAGGUGCUAAAAAAAGACAGCUUUGUCUAUGAUCGGGAAUAUAUACGUUCGUACUAAACUUAAUAAUAUUGUAUGUAGUUUGUAUUAAACGUGUUGCAGUUUUUAAGAAACUUGCGAAGUAAGGUUAAAAAUUGUUUUCCAUUGCAACAGCAUUGACUAAAUUUUAUUUUUAUAUAUAAUUGACAUUUGAACACUUUUAUUUUUGCACAACAGCACAAGUUUAUUGAAAUAAUUCUAAUUUAUAUAUACAAAUGUCUUCCUUCGAUGUGCGAUAGUUAAUUCAUAAUUUUGUAUAUACUGUAUGAUAACUCAAAAUAACAGUUAAACAGAAUUUUGAACUUUAUACACCGACGUCCAAUGUGUAAAAUAAAAAGAAUUUUAUAAUCAAUAAAAGGAACGUUAAGAAAAUAA